AUGUCUUUUCAUGCGCAGCAGCGCAAGAGGACACUUGUGUUGUGGUAUACGCCUCGACAUAUCGAGCUGCUUUUACCCGCUAACGACUCUAAAGAGUAUCCUGAGGAGGCUUUCUCUGUUACGAGCGGUGCUGUUGUGGACUUGCGGGCCGGAGGAGACGAUGCUUCCCAGUGCUCUGGUACGGUUUGGACUGGUAGUGCCAGAUCCAACCGGUCUAAGGCCAGCCGAUCCUCCUCUGUGAAGGCGGGUACUGUGUGGACUGCCAUCAAGACUUCGAGCAAAAAGGCUGCUUCACAGACUCUGCACGUUUUUCCCUUUCUGAGCUCGCAAAGGGAAAAACGCAUGGCUGACCCUCGGUCUGAGCACAGUUGUGUUAAGCGCACUCGCGUUAAUGCUGCCACGGUAUGGUCUGGGGCCGCCUCUUCAGGAGCUUCUGUGCAUUCUCCCAUGCCUGCCCUGCCGGAAUGGGAUGAUGCAGAUGCCCCGCGCCCUGAGCGUUUGCAUCAUGCCCACCGGGCCCUGCCGCAGUCUGCCCUUGUCAUGGCUCGUCGGAACCGCGGCCGCGCUUUCCCUGACGGUGUUGCUAAGUGUGGGCUUUGUCCUUUCCGUCGCAAGUGCCCAGACCCGGUCAAGGCCUACAAGGCUUUUCAGAGGCACUUCAGGGCUGCGCACCCGGGUGAAGCGUAUGGGUUGGCCCCGGAUCGCACAGCGUCGUGUGUCCGAGCCCUUGCUGAUGGUGAGGAGGUUUGCUGGCAAUGCAAGUGGUGCCGAGCGGGAAUCUCCGUUGCUGAUGCCGCUCGGUUUGGCAACGACUCCUUGUGGCGCUUCCGUCGAGAACAUAAAACUGCGGCUCACCCUCGCCUCUCUUGGGCGGUUUGGACCAAGCAGACGCGCCGUAACCCUUCAGCCACCAAACGGGCCUCUAAGAUCAGUGUGACUCGUAGCAAUGCCAACAAAGCCAAGCUUCUCCCGGUGGUGCGUGAGCUUGAGGCCCAGCACUUUGAUGCUUUCAGCUGGCCGCGUAAGGCUGGGAAGGACACCAACACGGUUGAUAAGUAUCCCUUGCGAAUGACCCCGAGCUGGCUGUGUCGCAAGUGCAAAGCGUCGUGUCAGUCGGCUGCUGCGGCUCGCAAGCAUCGCACCGUCAAAGGUCAGUGCCCUUCUCGUACGGCUAUUGGAUCCGUCUGCGCUCUCUUGCUGCCAUUAAAAAGAUCCAUGACAAGGUGGGGCAGCUGGAUGCUCUUCUUCGGCAAGGUGAAUGUGCCGGACAUGGCUGGCAUCGGCUAUCGUAAUCAGUGGAAGGCGCAUGGCAGGCAUGCUGCCUUGAGUGCCCCGGAGGAGGCUCUCGGCAGCCGCGUUGCCUUGGUCAGUGACUUUCCUUUUCGACAUGUUCAGCUGUGUAAGGGGCCUGCGUCCACUAGACACGUGGCGGGGCUCUUUAAUAUGCGCUCUCUUCCCGAGGAUGACUUUUCGCUUCCCCAGGGUUCCCGUGGCAUCACUGAUGAGAACAUUCUGGUGAUAGCCUUUUAUGGUCAGGCUGGCAAUGAGCCAGUCGCCCAGGCACAAGUGGAUGACGUUUUGGCGUGUGCGGUGACCUCGGGGUAUAGGUUUGUGGCUCUUGGCGACUAUAACCUGGAGGCUUCCCAGGGCCGCUUGGGGUCGCUAAUUGCUCAAGGCACCGUUCUUGCUGGUGAUGAGUGUGCACGUGGCCGGCCUCUUCCUGCCACGGGCCCGGUCAAUGCACAGGGAGUGCGCUCUCGUCGCAUCGAUUUCGCUGUUAAUCAUCGUGACCUGCCAGCGGUUUCAGUGGAUCACUUUCAGUGCGAUUGGUCGGACCAUUUGGGUGUGCACUACUCGUAUGCCCUUGCUGCCCCUCGCCCCUUGGUUGGGCCCAGGAGAUGCAAGCCUCGCGACGAUCUCCUGCCUUCUGACUUGGAGAGCAGAUGUGCUCAAAUCGAUGCAGGACCGUUUGCGCUUGCUUUGGAACGUAAUGAUUUGGACGGCGCUUGGCGCUUCUUGUCGGACACUGCCGAGGCCCUGCUGUGUGAGCCGUGCUCUGCAGAGUGCGUCCCUCGUGCGUCUUCGUGGGAGCCUGUCACCUCCAUUGCUGCGGGACGGUCGGGCAAGCAGCCUGUGAAGUCGGAAAGCCUGCGCCUUUUGCUGCGGCUCCGCGCCAGGCUCCAUGUUUUCUCUCAUCGGACGAACGAUGCUUUGUUGGCGGCGCGAAUCAGGCGCUCGCUUCGGUCCACACGUUUGAAGGUGCCAAGCCUGCCUUAUGCCCGCGAUGGAGAUGAGCUAUCUCUCCUUCCACAUGUCGAACAGCUCAUCGAGACCUUCACUCAGCAGGAGGAGGAUGCCAAAAAGCAACUGUGGCGCACCAGGACGCGCACUAACUUGCCUCGCGCCCGGUCUUUUGUCAAACGGCGCGCUGACGAGCAACUUGCUUGGGAGCGUCAGCUUCCGGAUGUUGCCAGUCCUGGCGACCCCGCACAUCCGGCGGUUGCGGUUGCAGCUGUGGCGAAAGAUCUGUGUGCGAAGCUUUCUCCCGCAUCCUUUCAGGCGGUCGAUGUGCAAGCCAUGCGUGACCUUUUGCGGCCCCUGCCGCGUCCUGCUAGCUUGGAGGUUUUGCCUAACAUCACGCCUGAGGCUCUCCGACUUUCAAUGCAAUCCACGAAGCACCGCGCUGCCGGCCCGGACGCGUGGAAACCCGGACUGUUAUGUCUCAUGCCUGAUCCUUGGUGGGUGUGGACCUCCCAGCUGUGGAAUCGGUGCAUCGCUUGUGGCGACAUCCCAGCCCAGUGGGCGCAAGCACGUGUGGUGAUGAUUAAGAAGCUCAAAGGAGGCUUCAGGCCGUUAACGAUAUCCCAAGCUGUCUGGCGUGCGGGAGCACGGGUUUUGAAUGCCCAACUCGCGGACUGGACUGGUUCGUGGAGGUCCCCGUCGGACGCCGGUGGCAUCCGGGCACGUCGGUGCCGGGUGCCCUGCUUCAACUGA